GCGCCCUUCGCGGUGCCGGCCAAGUGUUCAUUGAUUUCGCCGUUGGCCAUCGCUGAUGCUGCCUCUGGCGCAUACCUCAGUUCGUUUCGCGAGGAGUACAAGGCAGCGGGGGCGGCGUGGAUGUUGGACCCGAUUUGCUCGGACAUCGACGACGUCACUGUGGGCCUGCUCGAGGGCGCCAUGGGCGCGUGGUCGGAGGAGCGGCUUGAGCCUGACAAGCCUGGAGUUUGCUUGACAGAGGCUCUGACCAUGCUCGCGGGGCGCGCGGUGGUCACCACGUGGCAUGCUGCUAUGGGCGAGGCGCUCCAGCAGUCCAGCGAAGACCGCGCGUGGCAUCUGUUCAAUGCCGCGUUGUCCGUGCCCAUCAGGAUGCGCUUGCUGGCUGAUGGCGACGCGACCCACUUGGCCGCCCUGACAUUUUCAGAGAAGAUGUUCUCUGCGCGUGCUGCCUCUGGCGCUGAGUCCUUCUGGCAGUUCGCAGAAAAAACGCGCCGCUUGACCAGCGCGGAGAACUGUUUCGCCAAACAAGAACCAGCGUCGAAGCUGGAGGCCGCGCUGAAGGCCCACGGCCUCCAGUUCAAAGGAAAAGCGCGUACCGCUGCAACCGCCGCGGCGCUGAAAGGUCAGGGUUUGUUCGUUUUCAUCAUGAACGGUUUCCGCGUGGCCCGCUUGACGGGCGACGCCCCGAAGGACGAGAAACCGUCCGUGAUCCGGGUCAUCGGGCGCGAUGGGAAGGCGCCAGCGAUGCUCCACGCUCUCUUCAAGAAAAUGGAGCUCGUCGAGUGCAUCUUCCACGCGGCGCUUCUCAUGGACAAGGGAGUGGGAAACGACAUGGCGGCAUUUAAGACGCCUCUCCACAUCCUCCAGAAGUUCGAUGCCUCUGGCGCGGAUGGGCUCGUGGCAUCGCACCGCGCGUCCGACUCAGGCGGCGGCGCCGACGAGAUGGAGACAUUGUUUGCGCUCCACGUGGCUGAGCAUCGGGACGCCGUGGAUGUCAAGACGGAGGCGAUGAUCGAUGUCGCGUGGCCUCUGUGUUCGAGCGCUUUCGACGACGAAAUUGCCGAGCUUGCCCAGCAGGAGUUGCAGUGCAGCACCACUGGGUUCGUCUGGCGCACGCACCUCACCGAGACCAGCCAGGGCGUUGGUGCCAGGUACCGCGCCUUCGUGGCCGCGUGCACGGGCGGGCCGAUCCCCGCCGACCCCGAGCUGGAUGCAAAUCUCGUCUUGUCGGGGAUGUCCGAGCUCGGGGGCGAGCAAAAGGAAGAGCUCCAGAAGCUCCAGGAGCAGCUCAAGCAGCUGCGCAGGAGAACUCUGGAGUUCGUCACUUUGCCGUCUGUCGGCGCUGCCUCUGGCGCGGAGUACGCAGUGGCGCAGAUGCAGAGUUUGUGGGGUGUGCUCAGCCUCGGGCGCUGCUUCGGGCGGAAGAAGAACGACGUUCGCGCGUUCAUCCUCUCAGCGGAACUGUUCCCGCGCAACGUCGUCAAGCAAGGCGGCAAGGCGAGGAUGAGCGAGCAGAUGGCGUGUGACGAGGCGAAGUCCAAGCGCGUCAUCGAGUUCUUCUUGCAGAAGAGGCAAAAGGAUGAUAUCCUCAUCUUCCUCGACGGCAGGAGCCGCGCGAACCGCCGGGUCACUGAGUCCUUCGAGACGAGGCUGGAGUCAGGAGGCCCCCGCGCGCACGUCGAGUGCCGGUUCGUGCACGAGCAACCGACGAAGAAGGAGGGCCCGCGGUCCGCGGCCAGGGCGUCGAGCUACACGAAGAACAACAGGGGGGCGGCCAUUUUCUCGAUGCCACUCAAGGGCCCGCCGCGGAAAGUGGUGCACCGUGCGGAGUUCAACGCGCGCGGGGAGUCCUCGACCGCAGACGCGUCAUACAGCGGCAUCCCAACGCGGCGUUUCUCCGAGCUCCCUCGCAUGGACCACGAGACGAAGACGAGCAUCUUGGGGGGCAUCGACUCGAAGGGCCACCCGUUCUCGCGCAGCGAGGUGAAGCCGCGCAGCCUGUGGCAGACUCUCGUGGAGCACCACGAAGUGACCCGCGUCGUGGACUUCACUCCAGGUUCUGGCGCUUUGGCCGUUGCUGCCUCUGGCGCAAUGGAGUGCGAAGGCAUCGCUGCCAACGAUGCGCGCCGGGACAGGCUCGACUCCAUCGUGGACAGGCGCGCGAUGCACAUGGUGGGCCACGACGAGGGGCGCGCGGAGCAAUUGGGCGGCGACGCCGAGUUCGUCGAGAAAGCCAGCAAGUGUUUCAGCGGAACCACGAUGGAGGCAAAACGUCUGCUGAUGCCAGUGGCCGGGGACGGCGAGGAUGAGGAGGAGGAGGGGGAUGGCGCGAGCUCGAGCGACGAGUCGGCGGGCAUUUGA